AUGACGGAGAAAGUCCGAAUCAAAAGUAUUGCCGAGACUUGCCGUGUAGCUGUUGUAGAGGCCAGAGAGCAAGUUGAUCGUCCUGACGAUGAAGAUGACCUCAGUGAUGACGACGAUGAUAUGGAUGAUGUCUUCAGUACGGAUGAUUACACAGCUCCUGGGAGGUGGGAGAUGGAGACCGCAAGAGUUUACGAGAAGACGAUUCAAUUACUUGGAGAUGAGCUGGGGAAAGCGGGAGAAUUCUGUGACACGAACUUGGCUCCCGGAGAUGCUUGCCAGGCUGAGCCGAGUGAAGAAAAGGGUACAUCAAGGGUCUGGGGUUUCCUCGCCAAAGGCGUUGAAGGACUGCUUCGGAGCGCAAAGAAGUAUUCCGGUAUCUAA